GGAUGGCUUAUUUUUCAUUGUUAAGCGUCUGUCUUCUUUCUCUUACACAGGCAGCAGCUGGACUUCAGUCAUCUGAUCAUUUGGUGAUGUUUGCCUUAUUAGGAGAUGCUAUUACUUUGCCAUGCAGCAUACCUUCUAUUAAAUCCUGCUCGUCUAUUGACUGGAACAUGGCUGAAAUGUUUGGUGCAGUUACUAAGGUGGUGACAGCUGGAAGGGUAACUGCUCCAAACUCCCUCAGACUUGGCUUACUAAAGGACUGCUCUCUGGAGAUUAAUCACCUGGUACUCGAUGAUGCACGACUUUACUCUUGUGACAGUGGAGCACUCAAUUCAAGUGUUUCGCUCCAGAUUCUUGAGCUUACUGAAAGACCGACUCCUGCAGACGGCACAAUAGAGCUUCAGUGUUUCCUCAAUACAUAUAAAGGACAUGUUGCUUGUAACAACAGAGGGAUACAUAUUAAAUGGAGUACUGAAGAUAAUACACCAUUAAAUGGAAAUAGAUUUCACUUUGAAACAGACUCUGAAUGCUUCUCUAAACUGAUCAUCAAAAAAAGACUGACAGACCAUCACAGAAAAUGGAAAUGCCAGCUAACUCAGAAUGACACUUUUAAAGCUGCUAUCAGUUAUACAACAACAGUUAAAGAUGGCAUAGAGGAAGUGUUUGCUGCAGUGGGUGAGUCAGUGUCACUCUCUUGCAGCAGUACUUCCUCUCUUGGUAUUGGCGGCAGAGUGGAGUGGACUGUGGAAGGAAGGGCACUGACAGACCAUAUCUCACCAGCUCUCUCACCUUAUAAAGGCCAAACUGGGCCAUUCCACGAGAGUAAAGACUCAUCACUGGUCAUUAGCAGAGUGAGUGCUCUGCAUGCUGGGGACUACCAGUGUUCAGAGUCCAAUGGUCAGCAAAAGGUGUUCAACAAAAUCAAGCUGCACACCCUCGAUGUUAUUUCAGAGGGCUGGUCAGGGGGAGAUAAUGUCACCUUGACUUGUGUGCUCACCUGCGCUAAAGAAUGUGAAAAAUACUUCAAUUUAACUUGGUCUGUGAGAGGCCACAAUAGCUGGCAGAGCAGUUUAAUGACUGACAAUAACAUUCUCAUAAACAGACUAUUUCUCCCAGUUUCGUCAAUGACAUCAGAUGAAUUAACCUGCUUUGCGCAUAGAGAGGGUGAUGUGGUGGCAUCAAAGAAGUGGCACACUGUAAACUUUCUGAAAACACCUGCGUGGUUAGCCCUUCCUCUAGGGCUCUUGACAUGUAUAGCUGCUGGAGGACUCUAUGUGUACAUGAAGAGGAAGCACAACAAGGAUGCAGGAAAUGAACAGUCAAGCAUUGAAAUGACUCAUGUUUAUGAGGACAUUCAGGAUGCAAAUGAUGAGGAACAACACCAGCAAAGACAACCCAAAAGAGAAGCUGUAACAACCACUGACAGUUUCUACGAUUUAUUACAGGUUGUAAACUAAAGCUAAAUAAAAGUGUUCUCUCGAUGUAAACUAUAAUUUCAACCAUCAAUACACUAAAAAUAAAGACAGAAAAAUAGA